AUGAUGACGAACGAGAGUAAGAAGGUUCGGGUGUUGACGGCGCUGUGCGUGUCGGAUAUCAUGCGCGUGUGCGCGCCGGAGGCGCCGAUUGCGGGGGAUGAGGCGAUGCGAGACGUGUACGAAUUGUUCUUGGACGCGCUGGGGAGUUUGAAAUCCAUCGAGAGCGAGGAAUUCGAAGCGGCGAAGAGUUUGUUGGUGAACGUGGCGAACAUUGGGCUGUGCGUGCCGAUGUUGGAUUUGGAGUGCGCCGGCGCGGAGACGCUCGUGCGCGAUCUGUUCAAGGUUUUACUGGACGCGGUGAACGCGGCCAACUCGACCACGGUGACGGAAGAAAUCAGCAAGGUGCUAUCGACGAUGAUUGAAGAAAGCUCGGACGAGGACACUCCGGUGCCUUCUGACGUGACGUUUGAGGUGUUGUCGCGGUUGAUUGAUCCCGUGCGCACGGAGAAUCCGGCGUCGUACAUGUUAGCGGGCGAACUCGUUCGAAAGUGCGAGCAUCAGCUGCACACGCCGAUUCAGACGUUUUUGACGCAGGCGAUGCAUGGACUCGUGGAUGAAGACGACGCGCUCGCGUCCUUGAGUAAACGUCACGUGGAUAUCAUCGAAGAAAUCGCGGUAUGCGAUCCCACGGCGCUCGUCACCGUAUGGCCUUCGGUGACGGACGAUUUGCAGGCGGAUGAUUUGAGCACGCGACUGCGAGCGGUGAAGCUCUUCCGUCGAGUGUUCGCGUACGAGGGAUCAACAACGGCCGAGGAUUACCCGCACUUGCUGCUCGAGUUCGUUCGUCGAUUUAACGACAAGGCGGUUGAAGUUCGCGCGGAAAUGAUCAAGUGGAGCUCGAAGUUUUUGAAGACACGCGUCGAUCCAAACGCCGCGCUCACCUCUGUGCCGGCGGCGACCGUCAUGAAGCAACUACGAGAGCGUUUACAUGAUUUCGACGACACGAUUCGUACGGCGUCCAUCAACGCGUUGUGUGACGUGUUAGACAAACCGACUUCGACUGAGAUUUUCCCGCAUGAUCUCGUUCUUGAGAUCGGUGAACGCAUCAAGGACAAGAAAUCGGGGGUGCGAAAGACGGCGCUGAAACGCUUGUGCAUCGCGUACCGCGCGUACGCGCAACGCUGCGCCGAUGACGUGCCGGCUUGGGAAAUGAAACGAUUUGACUGGAUCCCGGGCGCUCUUCUGCGUGCUAUCACGAUUCCAGAUGUGCGCUUACACGUCGUCGAGCCCGUGCUCGCGAUGCUUUUCCCGGCCAAGAUGUCCGCCGACUUGCGCAGCACCUUCUGGCUGCGCGCUUUGAACCUCGCCGACGCGUUCACCGUUCGAUGCUUGAAGCAUUUCUUGCUCGCCAAGUCUCGUAUUCAAGCCGACAUGCGUGAGUACUUGCUCCUUCGUUCGAAACUGAGCAAGAUGAACAAGAAGGAAGGCGACGCUGCGUUGACGAAGAUCGUAGACGCCAUCAAGGUGCACUUUCCGGAUAAGCAAAAGGCGAAAACGGCGAUGAUGGCGUUACAUGCGCAGAAAGAUGGGAAUGUUUUCAGAUGCAUUCAAACUAUGUUGAAUCCGGAGACUUCUUUCGCGAACGCGGUGAAGGCUGAAGAGGACGCCACAAAGCGUGCGAAGUCUAGUUCACAAGCGGUGGAUCAAGAAUUCAUUAAGACACUAUUGUUGAAGAUCCAGUCCGCGCCGUUUGGACGUGAGCACGUGCGCGGCACCCUCAAGGCCGCAUGUAAGGCUACUCGAGCCGCGCAAACGUCAAAGAACACCAGCACCCCUCAAGGAGUUGUCGUCGCACUCGAACACUUGUGCAUUCUCGCUGAAACAUUCCCCAAACUGUUCUCCGGAUGUGGCGAUGAGAUUGACGAAUUACUCGAUGCUAAUGAUCAAUUGACGGUUACAUCUACGUGCAAGGUUGUUUCAGAAGCCGCGGCGGCGCUCAAAGUAACUCCUCGCCGAGGGUCGAUUUGGGAAAAGUUGAAGGUGAAGUGCUCGAGCGGCGAUCGAAAGCAAGCCAAGUUGGCGACGAAGGCGCUCGGUUUGUUACAAAUGGAUCUCGACGAGCGAAUCGAUGCCACUGAUAUCAUCGCUGGAGCGACUGCCGGGCAGUUGAGCGAUGUUUAUCUCCAUAUCGUCGAACUUCUCGCCGAAGACUUGGUCGCCGACUCUGAUCUCCCCGCCGUGCUCGGCGCCGUCGGCAGCAUCGGCACUUUGCACCAGCAAAUCUUCAUGUUACAACUCGCCGAAGUCGAGCAGUACGUGGUCCACACCCUUUUGACGCGUCCACCACCAACGGGCCGCAUCGCCGUCGGUGUCGUGAGCGAUCUCGCGACUUUGCAAGCGUAUGGUUUGAAGGCGCUUGCCAAGGCGGCGGCGCAUCGUUCCGCCGCCGAUACCGUCGAGUCCUCCUUCACUACACGCGUGAUCGAGCUGCUCCAUAGCUAUGCCGAUAUCGACUCUUACAAGAAUGAUGGUAUGUUUGCGGAAUACUCAGGCACAGAUGCUGCGCAUUUGCGAUUCACCGCAUGCAAGGCAAUGCUUGGUAUUUCUCGCAACGCGGCGAUUGGCUUGGUCAAACCCGACGCCUGGAUUUGCGUCUCCAUGUUCUUGCAUCAGUGUGAGUCCGCGACGAUGCGCCGCGAAAUGGUCGCUAAGUUGAAGAGUGGUCUUGUCGUGCGCCCGGGCGAACGAAUGCUCUCCAUGAUGUGGGCAGCGACGCUCGCGCUCGCGCUCGUCGACAAGGACAAGAGCGUGCGCGACUCGGCCAACGAUGUGUUUGCGAACUGGGUCGCGGCUCAACGGCAAAGAUCUGCGGCGAUUGCGGCGCAAGCGGCUACAAAGAAAACCAACGAUGACCCAUCGCAAAAGUUUUUGAUCGUCCACAUGCCCGAGUACGUGCUUGUGUACAUGGUGUUCCUUCUGACGCGCCACCCGCUCGCUCCGAAGACUGCAGAGGAAGGCAUGGAGGAGCGCGGGCAGAAGUGGCGUCAAGUGCAGCUGAUCAUGUCCGCCGCCAUUUCUUCUCUGACGCACGGUACGAAUGGUGAUGCAAUUCCCGUCACGUGCAAGAUGCUACGCCGUUUGAAGACGACGCUCGAUAAGGUGAAUCCGGGCAACUCGGAUUUGAUUUACUCGCUGAGCGAUUUAGCGUUGUUCCUCGUCGUCGAUCAGGCCGGCACGAAGGGCUGGGAUACGAGUAAGUUUCCUGGACACGUGGUGUAUCCGGCACAGCUUUACAAGACGACGCAGUUUAUGGCGAGUGGUCCUCCAGCGAAAGAAGGUGCGCAGCCCGGUCUCGGCGAUUACAGUCACUUGCCACGCGGUUACGUUAUCGUGCGUUCGGUGCCGAUCGCAUCAACGUCGACCACAACCGCCAAGACGAACGCAAAGGCUACUCAGAAACGAUCGCGAAGCAAAUCUUCGUCUGCGGCGACGACGAGCAAGAGUGCGAAGACGCUGAAGCAAACCAAGUUGUCAUUCGCAGCGGGAACUCGAGCGAUGCCCGAGCGCACCGCGCGAAGAGACGCCGUCGUCGACGUCGGCGAUCGCGACAUUGACAAUGAAUUCGAUGAUGAGUACGAAAGUGAAGAUGACUACGACGAAAUUGACGCGAACACGGCGCUUGUCGUUGUGUCGUCGCCGCCGACCUCGCCUGGGCCGUUGUCGGAAAACACCACUGCGCACACGCAAGCUAGAAAACGCAAGGUCGACAAAGCGCCUCGCGCGUCGGACUUGGACGAACCCAUGGUCAGUGCCGUGGACCCCGAGGAAAAACGCUCGAGAAGACGACGAAGAUAA